AUGGUUGAAGAAAAUAACAUUACUGACGAUAAGGUGGUAGAACCUACCGUAAAACAAACCGAACAGUCAACUAAGAACGGAAAAUCUGAGCAAAAACAAGAUGAAGAUUUGUCAGAAGAGGAUUUGAAGUUGAAAAGUGAUUUAGAAAUUUUAGUUGAGAGGUUGGUAAGUGACGAUGAUUCGUUAUAUCGUCCUAGCUUGGAACAAUUGAAGGAAUUUAUAAAGAAUUCUACAAGCUCAAUGACUGCAGUACCAAAGCCAUUGAAAUUCCUUCGUCCUUCAUAUCCUACGUUAUGUGGAGUAUAUGAUAAGUGGGUUGAUGUGGAUCUGAAAUCAUUGCUUGCUGACGUUUUGUCCGUUUUGAGUAUGACGUAUUCUGAUGAGGGAAAGUAUGAUUCUUUAAAAUUCAGGCUGCUGUCUAACGAAAAGGAAAUUGAAUCGUGGGGACAUGAGUAUAUCCGUCAUUUAACCUUGCAAAUUGGUGAAGUUUACAACCAGCAGGUAGAGAACGAGGCAGAAGACUCCGAUGAGCAAGAUUCAAAGUUAGAUUCUGAAUUCGACUUCCAGAAAGAAGUGUUGAUCCAGUUAUCUCUGGAGAUUGUGCCAUACUUUUUGAAGCAUAAUGGUGAAGCAGAUGCCGUUGACUUAUUGCUAGAAGUUGAAUCUAUCGAUAAGCUACCGCAAUUUGUUGAUGAAAAUACUUUCCAGAGAGUUUGCCAGUAUAUGGUUUCAUUUGUGCCUUUGUUGCCUCCUCCAGAAGAUGUAACAUUCUUACAGACUGCAUUUUCUAUUUACCUUUCUGAAAACCAGUUGACCGAGGCGCUGGCCUUGGCAAUUAGGUUGGGCGAUGAGUCCUUAAUCAGAUCUGUAUUUGACGCUACAACAGAUGCCGUAGUACACAAGCAACUAGCAUACAUUUUGUCUACUCAAAAGUCUUCCUUUGAAUAUAGCAGUACUCAAGACAUUAUUGGCAACACUAAACUGAGCGAGCAUUUCUUGUAUUUAGCCAAAGAACUGAAUUUAACUGUUCCUAAAGUUCCUGAGGAUAUUUACAAAAGCCAUUUGGAUAACUCUGUCAGAAGUGCAUUUGCAAGCACGGGGCUAGAUUCAGCGCAACAAAAUUUGGCAGCAUCAUUUGUUAACGGUUGGUUAAAUUUGGGAUACUGUGCUGACAAAUUGUGUCUCAACGAUGACAACUGGGUUUAUAAGACAAAAGGUGACGGUAUGACCUCCACAGUGGCAAGUAUUGGUUCUAUAUACCAGUGGAAUUUGGAUGGGCUCCAACAGCUCGACAAGUAUCUAUAUGCGGACGACGUGGAAGUUAAGGCGGGUUCUUUGCUCGGUAUUGGUAUUUCUUCAUGCGGUGUUCACGAUGGCGAUGUCGAACCGGUAAUGCUUCUAUUAAACGAAUACGUUACCAAUCCUAACUCAAAAUUGAGCUCAGCCGCAAUGUUAGGUUUAGGAAUUGCUUUUGCAGGUAGCCGAAACGAUGAGCUAUUAUGCUUAUUACUGCCUGUUGCUGCAGAUACGUCCUUACCUAUUGAAACGUCUGCUAUGGCAUCUUUGGUAUUAGCUCAUGCUUUUGUUGGUACAUGUAAUGGAGAUAUCACCACUUCCAUUAUGGAAAACUUACUAGAGCGUUCUUCUGCUGAACUAAGGACAGAGUGGACUAGAUUCUUGACUUUGGCCUUGGGUUUAUUAUACAUGGGACAGGGUGACCAAGUAGAAGACGUUUUGGAAACAAUUUCCGCUAUAGAACAUCCGAUUACAUCAGCAAUUGAAGUUUUAGUUAACGUCUGUGCUUAUACUGGUACUGGUGAUGUCUUACUAAUCCAAGAUUUAUUGUAUAGGCUAACACCAAAGAAAGAAGAAGUCGAAGCUGAAGAAGGCAAAGAGGCUGAAGAAGGCGAAAGAGCUGACGAAGAAAAUGAAGGCGAGCCCGGUAAUGCAGCAGAAGAUAUUGACUCUUUGGUUCAAGAAGUAAUGAAUGCAACCGAAGAAACUGAAGGUGAACCAAAUGAGAGCAGAGAAACUGAAACAAGUAAUAACAAAGCCUCAGAAGACAAAAUGGAUGUGGAUGAAUCCAAGGGUGAAGAUACAAAAGAGGAGGAUGGCGAAGAGCAAGGUUUAAAAGAAGAAGAAAAUAGCGAAAAAGAGAUGGCUCACAUCGAUGAGUUAACUUAUGCUGUUCUUGGAAUCGCGAUGGUAGCCAUGGGUGAAGAUAUUGGCAAGGAGAUGUCUCUUCGUCAUUUCGGCCACUUAAUGCAUUAUGGAAACCAACAUAUUCGUCGUAUGGUUCCCUUGGCAAUGGGGUUGGUAAGCGUUUCCGAUCCUCAAAUGAAAGUUUUUGAUACACUAUCUAGGUUUUCACAUGACCCAGAUUUAGACGUAUCCAUAAACUCUAUCUUUGCAAUGGGCCUGUGUGGUUGUGGUACGAAUAACGCCAGACUUGCACAGUUGUUGAGACAGUUAGCAAGUUACUAUUCAAAGGAACAAAAUACAUUGUUUGUCAGUAGAUUAGCACAAGGUCUUGUUCACUUGGGUAAGGGAACGAUAACGUUAGAUCCUUUUAAUGACGCUCACGUCUUAAACAAGGUGACAUUGGCCUCCAUAUUAACAGUGCUAAUCGGUUUGACCAGUCCAAGUUUCAUGCUAGAGCACCAUCAACUAUUUUACUUUUUGAACGCUGGUAUGAGGCCAAAGUUUAUAUUGACUUUGAAUGAGGAAGGUGAACCCGUUAAGGUUAACGUUCGUGUCGGUCAAGCUGUUGAUACCGUUGGGCAAGCUGGUAAGCCAAAAACAAUAACUGGCUGGAUAACUCAGUCCACACCAGUAUUGUUGAACCAUGGCGAGAGAGCAGAGCUAGAGACGAACGAAUAUAUCAGCUAUGCCAGCAGAAUUGAGGGUGUUGUGAUUUUAAAGAAGAAUCCUAACUACAAAGAAGAGGAGUGA